AGGUGUCAUUGUAGGCGGCAUGAACAUUGAGUACUUGUUUUUGGUUCCCUCAUAUUUAUCUUUUCAUUGCUUUACACAACAAUACAUUGACAGGAUCAUUGUUUAUGUACAAGAUGACAAGGGCGCCUCUUCUGAGCCAAAGUAAAAAAGCACAGUAGUCUCAUUAAUAAGGGUUCUUGGGUUGAAUUGGUUAAUGAUACAGGGCUGCUGGCAAUGUUGAAUUUUCUAAUGACUGACAACUCGCGGGUUUGUAGCCUCUUUACACUACUUAAUCUGGCAUGUGACAAAUUGAGACUUGAUCCUGGCUGAAUGAAGAUCAGUCUGUAAGAGCCAUCCACUCCGUAAGAUGGAGACCUUCCACUCAUUUCUGAAGUCGCUUGAUGGUUUCAUGCUCAUUUACACAUAACGAGCAGCUGGGUCUCGUCUGGAAAUGAGGUGGGCGUCAAGGAGUGGAGCCUUAAGUCGGUUCAGUUGCUUGAGAGGAACUCCUCCAAGGUCCUUCGGCUGGAGUCAAGAGGGGGGGAGAGCUGAGAGCCUCUCCGUCCUCACCAGGCGUGGAGGAGAGUGGCAGUGAGAGGAGAGGGUUGGGGAGUGGGAUAGAGGCAGACAGCUACAGGGGGUGUGCCCUCAGGGAAAACUUAAGAAAACAAGACCUCUUUGAUUUAAUGGGUCCAAUCAUUGGGAUGUCACCAGAUAAGAAAACGGAAAUUCCGGGUAUGCAAGAGGAGCGGACAGGGCUCAGAGGUGUUUGUGGUGUGGGAACACUGCCCGAGGCGGAGUGCGCGUCCAGUCCGCUGGCGACCAGCGUGGAUCGGACUGGAGGUAACGAGGAUGAGGAGCUCACCAACCUCAACUGGCUCCAUGAGAACCUGCUUCAGAACUUCACUCUGGGCGGCCCUGAAGCUCAGCCCAGCGGCAGCCCCCUCUUCGACAUCGAGGGAGACUACGGGUCCAACCAGGGCGCGUCGUCCUCCUCCUCAUCUUCUUCACACGGCAGAGGCAGGGAGCGGGACUCGUUGAAGUCUAAGCCCCCUUUCUCGUUUUCCCUCCUCAUCUACAUGGCCAUUGAGCAGUCUCCCAGCAAGUCUUUGCCUGUCAAGGAAAUCUACGGCUGGAUUCUUGAGCACUUCCCUUAUUUCUCCAAUGCUCCCACUGGCUGGAAGAACUCAGUGCGUCACAACCUGUCCCUGAACAAAUGCUUCCGCAAGGUGGAGAGGAGUUUAGGAAAGGCCAAUGGAAAAGGUUCUCUCUGGUGUGUCGACCCCGAGUACCGCCCCAACCUGAUCCAAGCCCUUAAAAAGCAGCACUUCCCUGCCGCACAUGCCUUCUGCACACCACCCGCCUCCCCACCCAGUGCCUCCUCACCCCCACGCCAUCUCUUUCUACAAGGCUGCUCAUUUAAAGAGUCUGACAUUGAUGCUGCCACUGCCAUGAUGCUCUUAAACUCUGCCCCCGGGCACCACGUUGACCCAUGCAAUUCUGAUAGCCCACUGGACCUCUCCAGACCCGACUCUGUCCUGGUGAGCAGCGAUCCAAAGCAGGACCACAACUACAGCAGUGUAGCCCUGCAGCGCUGCUCCUCCCGUUCCUCCUCCUCGUCCCUGUCCUCCCUCGACGAAGGAGGCUGCGACCGCAGGCAGUCCCGCCGCGCCGGCAGCGAGGGCUUCCACAGCGACGAGGACUCCGACCUCUGGGACGAGAGGGGCGUCCACCAAACUUCGCGGCGUCCGCCCGCCAUCAAGUGGCCCGCCGGCAAGAGGGCACGACGUGAGGCCAAGCCGGAGCUGGAUGAGGAGCUGAAGGAAGCGGCCGGCUCCUUGCUGCACCUCGCUGGUAUACGCAGCUGCACGGAGGGCUCCAAACGCACUGUCAAGAGCACAAAACUUAACAGGAAAUGAAGAUCCCCCCCCCCUCUACCCCUCAUCAGACUCCGGACCCUCUGAACCCUAACCUCUGACCCCUGAUCGUGUGUCCCAGUGUGCCUCCUUCUCCUUAUCUGAUCGUUCAUUGGCCAUUUUGAGCCUUUUUUUUGUUUGGGAUAUCCCUGUCCAACAAAACAAAUGGCAAUAGUAUCGUUCACACAGGAGAACAAAGCCAUAUAGAGACUUUUGUAACUCGGGGGUAACUGCCGGGGUGGGUGUUUGGGCUAUGGAGAACCAUCAAGAUACCUAUCCAAAAUGACCUGCCUGCUUCUGUUGGAUUAGACGAUUGUGAUUCAAGAAUUUUUUUCCUCUGAAAGACGAAAUGGGAAAAGCUGAAGUUUUUAUAACUCAAAGCGUUGCAUGCUUCCUCCUCAAACCUGUAUCCUCUUCCAAGUGAAUCUAUUUAUGAAGCGAAUGAGUGCAUGUUUGUAACAGACAAAAUCUAACCUCCUGGUGUUAUCAGUUUUUCUUUUUUUUUUUUUCUUUUUUUUUUGUGCUAAAGAAGAAAAAAAAAUGCCACUGUUUUUUUUUUUGAAAGGAAUCCUUACUCUACGAAUCCUCUUGUAAGAGAGAUGCAAUAAUUAAUCCACAACCUUAACUUUUUGACUUUAUUUAAUGGUGGCAUUUUUCAGAGUCGAGUAUGCUAGUUAAACUUUACAAUUAAGAGAAUGAAUGGAGUAGUAUUAUGAUCUUGUUAUGCGAUAAACUUAUUACACAUGAGCUCUGGCUCUAUUUCAGGAUUAGCAAGAUGUUGAAAUAGUAUUACUCUGCCACUGCCAAAUUUAGUUGCAAAGUUAGCUAAACUACUUCGCUCCGUUUUGUGCGGCCAUUACAUUGUUAUACAAAUGAAAGCUGUUUUUCUUUUCUUUUUAUUUUUGCAAAUUCACUGCUCAUCCUGUCAAUCCCUUUCAUUCAUCAGUGUGUUUUUGACGUUUAUUGUGCAAGACAAAGAACAUAUAUUCACGUGUUUGGUGACAGCCUAUGCAAAGUGAACAUCUGCCACCGUAUUGCCAGAUGUUCACUGCGUGUUCAUAGGUUACCCACCGUAGAUUUUAUUUUUAUUUUAUUUUGUGUGUGUGUGUGUGUGUGUGUAUCAUAGUGCAUGUUGAUGACUUCAGCCUAAACCUGAGAUGACGGUCGUGACAGGAAAGAGUUUGCUUUUCUCUUACUGACAAAGUAGUCGUACUGCUCCAGUGAAUAUGAUUGGUGGAAUGAUCUCCUUGCUACAGCUGUACAGUACUGUAUGUAUGCUAGGGGCCAGUGGGUACUCUGCUUACUUCUGGUCCUUUUUGAAUGCAGAGCUGGAGCGGACAGUAAAUUAACACAGCUUCUCCGCUCCAUUAUUUUGAGUUUGCAGUUUGAUUGUACCUCCAUAUGUGUUUUCCAUGUUGUUUUUUUUUUUUGAACCAUGUACUUUAGAAAAUUACAUAAUUACACAGCUAAUUUUUGCUGUUGGCCAAUUCUCAACUUGAGGGAAGGUGUGUCUGUUUUGGCUGAAAUUUAAAAAAAAAAAAAAAAAAAAGAAAAAAAAAAAAGGCGCAGAGCACAGUCAAGUGUAAAGAACGAGAAGCCGUGGCCAGAGAGAACUGGAUUCUGUAUGUGCAGUCGCUCGCAGGCGAGAUGUUGGAAGACCUGUGCUGCUCUCACGUUGUGCCCUCAGUUCUGGCUGGCCACUAGUGUUUCGUCUUUGCUCUUCCUCCUCGAACAAAAUAAGGAAGUGCUCGCUCUCUUCUCAAGCUGUGAAAUGGAGUGUUUAUUGUCAGUUGAUUGCAUGCAGUUCGUUGAGGGGAAGUUGCAAGCCACUUGUGUUGAAGGCCUCGAUUCUCAUUUGAGCUUUUAAAUAAAAAAGCCUGUGUACACACAACUUAUAAUACAAGGUAGCAUGGGAGCGUACAACUUGAACAGUAACAAACAGAUAAUUAUAUUAUUUCUUCCCACUGGAAAAAAAAAAAAAAAGUAAGGCAUCUCAUUGUGUCACAGUGACUGUUAGUAUAGCAUGCAUGGUCAGUGCCAAACAUUUUCUCGUGCCACUGAUGUAAAAAAACUGCAAACGGCCAUGGUCACUAUAUCCCCCCUGCUGCCACAACGUAGUCAUGAUUUAGAGCAACAAUGCCCUAGUUUUCUGAAUAAUCGGAACAGGAAAUGGGAGAGGACUCUGGUCAGUUUAGUGACUUAACCAAUCCUUUGGUUUAUUUUUGUCACUUUAGAGUGGGAGCUGUUUUUAGCAGAGUAAGCUGCAGUUCCCAGAAGUAAUACUUACAUACACUGGUCUUGUUUAGCUGUGAAAAAAGAACAAAUUAUUGUUCAUUAAUCAUUAUUUAUGACAUUAAUUUAUGGGAUUAUUGAAUGCAUACUCUAUCAAACACUGGUCAUUUGAAAGGAAUGACUGGGCACAUCCAUUUUUCUCCCUUUGUGAACUUCUUGAUAAGUAUUUUGUUUUUCUCCUUGUUUAUUUUACAGCAAUACACCUUUUUUUCCUCUCACUAUGUUAUAGUGAUUAAGUAUUUUGCCAAUGUCUACUGUCUUUAGAGCGGGUGUUUUUUUUUUUUUUCAAUUUAACCAUGACUGCCAGGUUUUCUUGAUGUUUUGUUUUUGCUUUUUUGUUAGGCUGGAUAGUUGAUUAACAGUAAUCCUGAAACCUUUUGUUGCCAAAAUUGACGUACAACUGGGGUAUAAAAUUUCCAAUGGACACAUUCCCCGUGUACUGUAUAAUUUCUUUGAAGCUGAUUUAAUCAUUUUUACAUUUGUCUCGUUUAUGUUUAGAUAUUAUGACUUAAGUAGUCACAAAUUGAAGACUAGCUCUCAAUCUUGUCACAGAUAAGAACUGUUUGGGGAAGGAAAAAAAAAAAAAAGACUGCCUCUCAUAACUCAUGCUUCCAGGUAAUGUUAUGGGGUGUAUCGAAAUGUUUGGAAUAUCACUGAAAACUGGAACAGACUAACUCAGUCGCCAGGCUGCUGCUGUGUAGUUACAUUUUAGAGACAACUGCAGAAAAUGGUUGGAGAUCUCACUCAUUCUUUCUGUAGCACUUGCAAACGAAAGGUUAUGAUGGUCUCAGAGUGACAGGGUUGCUGAACUGUCUGUGGAUGAGCCCACCUGAACAUUUCGGAGUCCCAGGACUAAAAAAAAACAAAAAAACAACUCAAAACCCAGUUGCUUCAUUGCUCAACAGCUGUUAUUGAAUAUUGGUUAUGUGAUUCUUUAAAAUUCUGUUGCAGUACCUAUGGGUAUAAUGAACAUUUUGUUGCAUUUGACAAAGCUGCCAGCCCAGUAUCGGUUUGUGUCAGUUGUCUGCCAUGUCUAUUGGACCGACACACCUUUUUGGUUUUUGUAUGCUAACCUCUGUUGAUAAAAUGUUUAUAAGAUUUAUUUUCGCCAAAGAUAUGCAAUUGCAUUAUAUAUGGUAUUACAAAAUAUUAAUAAAAACCUGUUCUUGUUA